AGCAGCAGUGGUGGUAUGUGUCAAACGUGCGUCAAGUCAAGUAUUACUGGUGGGGGCAUAAAAUAAUAGAGCGAUUUUCAAUGGCGCAACCAGUCAAUAGUAAAUAUUUUUUGGGUUUUUGUUGAGUGCGUUUUGUGAGGGCGAAAAAUGUGGUGGUCGUCUCUAAAACAGUGAAAAGAGUGAGAAGGGGUGGUGCGAAGUUUCGAACGAAAGCUAGAUUGUUUUUGUGAUCGGAGGAUAUACGCGUGAAGGAGACGACGACAAGAUGAAGAACAAAAAGUCGUCGAAGCGUAUGGCCGGUAUGAUAAUACGUUCGCGAAAAUCAAUUUCCAAGGACGCCGUUGUCACCACUAGUGGGAUAGGUAUGCCCAGCCUGUACCAUGCAUUGGUCGUCAUCUUCCUUGAAUUCUUUGCCUGGGGUCUGCUCACGAUGCCUGUCAUAUCUGUCCUGAACACGACAUUCCCAGAUCACACUUUCCUAAUGAACGGCCUCAUCAUGGGUAUCAAAGGCAUCCUGAGUUUCCUGAGCGCUCCCCUCGUCGGAGCACUGUCCGACGUAUGCGGACGAAAAUUAUUUCUUUUGAUAACAGUUUUCUUCACCUGCCUACCAAUUCCUUUGAUGACCAUAAACACCUUUUGGUUUUUCGCGAUGAUCUCGAUCUCUGGAGUGUUCGCCGUCACGUUCAGCGUGGUUUUCGCUUACGUGGCCGACGUCACCGAGGAGAAGGAACGCAGCUUUGCCUACGGCUUGGUGAGUGCCACCUUUGCAGCUAGUAUGGUCAUAUCGCCAGCGCUCGGAGCCUACUUGAUGGAACGAUUCUCCAUGAACGUGGUCGUUGCUUUGGCGACCGCCGUUGCUAUUCUAGAUGUUUUCUUCAUUCUUGUCGCGGUGCCCGAAAGCUUGCCAGAAAAGGUACGUGUUUCUCCGAUAAGCUGGGAACAGGCCGAUCCUUUUGCAUCGCUGCGCAACGUCGGAGGAGAUGCAACUAUCCUUCUGCUUUGCAUUGCCGUUUUCUUGUCCUAUCUACCCGAAGCCGGCCAAUACAGCUGUAUCUUUGUCUAUUUGAAACUCGUGAUUGGGUGGAGCGCCCCCAUGGUUGCCGUCUUUGUCGGAUUAGUGGGGCUGCUAGCGGUCCUCGCGCAACUAUGCCUGGGGGCUUUGAUGAAAAACUUGGGUUGUAAGCACACCAUCAUGUUGGGGCUACUCUUCGAGAUGCUGCAGCUAUUGUGGUACGGUUUCGGUACGACCACCUGGAUGAUGUGGGCCGCUGGUAUGUUAGCCAGCAUGUCUUCGAUCACCUACCCCGCGAUCUCCGCAUUCGUAUCCAUCCAUAGCACUGCUGAUCGGCAGGGUGUCGUGCAAGGCAUAGUCACCGGAAUGCGAGGUCUGUGCAACGGUCUCGGACCUGCGAUGUUCGGUCUCAUCUUCUACAUGUUUCACGUGGACCUAACCGGUGAGGAAGGUACAGAUGCAACUCAUUCGACCGAUAUGCAUCAUGACAAUGACACGCAGAGCCAAUACAAUAUGCUGCAGUUAGUGCCAGGACCGCCGUUCGUGUUCGGUGCAUUCUUGGUAGUGUGCGCCCUCAUCGUCGCUUCGUUCAUUCCAACCAAGACCCAAUCGGAGACCGGGAUUCCCUUGGACACGCACUACGAGUUGGAACGUGGUGGCCACAAGGUCUCCUCCCCGCUGUCGCCACUGAUCCCCUCAUCCAGGGACUGUGCAGCCGUCCUCUAAACUAAUAACUUGGGAUUACAUAAGUUUUAAUUGUACAAAACAAAAAACAAAACAAACGAGAGCGAUUGCAUUUAGUAAUUCGAUGAUUACCUAGUUGCUACAUGCAGUGAUUGAUUUCAAAUUCGUAUUAAGUGUGAAUGUGAUAAAUCGAGGGUCAGUCCAGCCAGCGUUUUUUUAAUUUAAAUAUAUCCUUUCCAUUUACUUUUUUUUGUUUUGAGCUAGGAAAGAAUAUUACACUAUUAUUAGUAUGUAAACAUCAUUUAUUUUUU